AUGCAAAAACCAACAAAAACAGGAUAUCUAUACAAGAAAGGCAUUAUUAAUAAGAAAUGGCAGAGAAGAUGGUUCUCUCUUGGUGCUGACAGUAAGCUAAACUAUCACAAGACACAACAUGAUAAGAAUUAUAGAUCAAUACCUUUAGAACAAUCUAUUGUAAAUGUUUGCACAGAUAUAAAUAGUAUUCAGAGUGAAUUUGGUUUCGUUAUAAUUACACCACAGAGAAUCUUUUAUUUGUAUGCCGAGAGUAAGUUGGAUCUCGACGAUUGGUUGAGGAAAUUGGCGACACACUCUAAUUUGGAUUCAGAGAAUCUGUUGAUGGAACAGGCAGAGAAUUCAAUAAGAGAGAGUAUGACUAGACGUUCGAAUCUCGAAGACGAACUACUGAGAAAGAAAGAUAGUAUAUUCCAACACUUGACAAUGCCUGUUUAUCAUCCUCUUACACCUAUGACAUCGUCGUCAUCAUCGAAUACAUCGACAAACAACUCAUCGACAACAGCAACUACUACAACAUCAACAGCAGCAGCAUCUUCUUCAUCCUCGACAACAAAAAUAACAACAACAACAGCAUCAACUACUAAUGGCAGUAGCAACAACAACAACAACAACAAUAAUUCAACAUCACCAUCAUCAAAGUCAUCAUUCACAACAGCACACCCAACACUUAAAAAGACAUCACAACAACAAUCGUCGUCAUUAUCAUCAUCGUAUCAUAGGUAUUCAAGUUCUUUUAUUGAAACAACAUUGAAACCAUCAUCUUUUUCAUCUUUUUCAUCCGAACGAGGUAAUGAUAAUAGUAAUAAUAAUAAUAAUAAUGCAACAACAACAACAACAACGACGACAACAUCCACUCCAAAAACAGAUGAUUCAUCUUCAUUAGAUAAAGGAAAUGAAAAGCAUUCUGCCAAUUUAAAGUUAUUUGAACAAAUGAAUAAUACUAAAUACAACAUCAACAACAACAACAACACAAAUAUAGAUAAUCAUAUUCUAAGUAUUAAUAGUGACCAUUCUAUAAACAACGGUAAUCAUAGCGAUACAAAUAAUAAUAAUAAUCACAAUAUUAGUACAAAGAAAUCGAGAAGUUUUAGUUUUAGUUUUAAAAAGAAAACUGUUAUACCUUCAUAA